UUUAUAUCUUUACUUUUUUUUUUCCUUACCUAUUUUUUUUUUAUUAUAUAUGAUUGCUAGUAUUAAAGGACUCAAACAUGCUCCAAGUAACUUUUCUAUUGAAAUAUUACCUCAAUAUCUAAAUACAAACCGACAACUUGUAUGCUAUCCUGGUUCAGUCUUUGAAGGUUUAGUGAAGCUUACUUUAUCAGAACCUAUGAGUUUUCAACGUCUUAAAAUAAUUUUCAAAGCUACUGAAAGAGUGAAUUACGAUGCUAUGGGUUGGGAAAAAAUCAAAAAUGAUGAUGGACGAUUAUUUGCUGUACGCACCACAUUACUCGGUCAACCUGUAUCAUCUAAUAUAGAAAACAAUCAGACAACUUUGGAAGCUGGUGAACAUGUCUAUCCGUUUGCUGUCGAAUUACCACUUGUAAAUUAUCCUCCAUCAAUUGAUCAUCAUUUAAUUGCUACUACUUUUGUAUUGCUUGGUUCUCUUGAACGUGACACAGGAGCCAAUGGUCAUUCCUUUCGUUCAUUGCCUUAUUCAGUCUAUUUUCGUCCUGCACUCCAAACUCGUGUCAACAAAACAUUAUUAUCCCAUCCAUCCGAUUACUCUGAACAUACAGCAUCACUGACUCAUCGUAUUUCAGCACACUUAUCAUUACCAAGUCUUGAGUAUAACCUAUUUGAUACAACCCAUAUUCCUAUCCAAUUCACCUUAUAUGCAGCUAACGAACAAUAUUUUGCUGAUAUUUCUUUACAACAACUUCAUAUUGCGUUAAAACAAACCAUCACCAUUUAUCAUAAGAGUUUUUCACGUACAGAAACCACGAUGAUUCAUCAUGUUGAUUCUCGAAUGACAAAUACAUCAUCCUCAUCUUCAUCUAUGGUAUUUGAUUGUUUAUUGAAAAUUGAUCAGCAACUUUUACCAAGUGUGAAUUAUUCUACUCGAUUCAAAGUUGAUUAUUGUUUGAUAGUUUCAGUCAAAACACGUCAUGGUCCACUUAGUACCAAGAAGAAAUUAUUCAACCUACCGAUUCAUUUUGGAACAUUACCACCAGGCACAUUACCACACGAAACCAUUCAAUUAUAUACCGAAGAAGAAGUGAUUCAAAGUACAAAUUUAUCCUUCAAACCCAAAUUCCUUAGACCAUUGAAUAAUCCUGUAGAAUUUUUACCUGCUUAUGAUGAACUCUAUCGACCACCUUCCUAUCAUUCUCAUUUAGUUACCAAUUCUAUGUAAUAUUUCUUUUUUUAUCCAAUCAUUUGUAUAUAAUUUUUUUUUUAUGAAUAAAAAAAUGCUUCAAUGAAGCAGUCAUCUCCG